UCACAAGUCCCGUCCAUCACCGUGAAAUGACGUUGACACUCCCCGCAAUCACCCUGCUAUCUCUGGGCAAACAUUGGCCAGCAAUAGGCUAAUAAUUACAGGCUAUAGAUGAUCAUUUGUCAUCAUGACUUCCUCAUCACCGCGGCACUUUUUAAAAACACCCGCUGACGUACGGCUCGUGUCAGGAGGGGCAUUUAACUUUCAUCAUUAGUCAUUUCUAUCAAAAACCAACGGGAGUGGAACUUCAACAAGUCUGCAACUACUGGAGCACUUUACAACCGCUGCGGUACCGGUUCACUCAACUCAACAUCGACUAUGCCGGAGACUUUCUAAAGUUAGAGCAAGCCGAAUAACUGCAACCCGAAGGAUUCAAUCUGCGCUGUUUAGAUCUGACAUUUUCUCUGAUAACAUGGGCGGAGUGUGCGUGUGCUACUCAUGGACUUGCAGACCGGUGUGGCCACUUUUUAUCAUUAUGGCUACAAUACCGUGCAUGUUGAACUGCUCAGAGAGUCCUGCAGCUGUUGUUGGCAAAAUGUAUCCACGCGGUAACCACUGGGCAGUAGGUCAUUUAAUGGGGAAGAAGAGUAUCGAGAGCCUACCUGAGCUGCAGGAGAUGAACCAUGACAGUGACUCAGAAACAGCUGUGGUCACAGAGUGGCUGGUGGAGGCUCUGAUGCAAAAAAAGAACCAGAAACAGACGAUGCCACAAACUGCAGACAGGCUGCUUCGCCUGCACAGUGGCUGGAGAGAAGAGGACAGAGACAAAUAUCUCAGAGAGAUGUCAAACCUUCUUCUUCUGGCUUUGAAACUGCGAGACAAUGACUCCACCUGAAUGCAAAAUGAAUUCAGAAACGGUCAUCAUCACCUACUGUAUUUUUUUUUUCUGCUGUAAGACUACGCUGGAAACCUAACAGAAGUUUAUUUUAUCAGUAAUUUAAAAUUUCUAAUAUGCACCUCAUGCAGCAGUUUCAUUACAGACUGACAUGACAAGAUAAUGUUACAAGGGAUAAAAAUGCUGAAUAAAUUUAACGUUGUGAUAACUGCA